CUCAUACUUGUGAGACUGAGCUCUGGGGAAGCUAUGAGAAACCCAUGAGGGCCUAGAUCUUGAGAGAGUGGAACAGGUACUCACACAGAAGGAAGAGGUUACAGAGAAAUAGCCUGUAGUUGGAGACAGACUGAGCCCCGGCUUUGCUUGGGAAACCAAAGAAGACAAGACUCCUUUAUGUCUACAUCAGUCACCUCAGACUCCAUUCCAAGGCUUCAGAACCCAAUGAAAGCUCAAAAGAAAAAAGGACUUGGGAAAGUAAAGACAGGUGUGUGUGACAGAAGAUCAGAAACAACUGCUUCCCCAAAAGUGUCCUGCACAGACAAUGAUUCAUGGAAAGAGGUGCCAGAGGAUAGUGUUUGCAUGGCAAAAAAAGCUCCACAGGUCAGCAGCAUUCAUGUUUCCACAGAUGCCUCUACAGGGGAUGUCCCUGAGCACAGAUCCAAGAGGAAGAGGGGACAGAGCAAAAGGAAACUGGAGAAUACCAUGACUGAUCCAGAAGCCUGCACCAUUCUUGCCUCCAGUGAUGCUUCUGCAGGGGAUGUCCCUGAGCAGCGAUCCAAAAGGAAGAGAGUCCAGAAGACAAGCACACUGACAGAUGUCAAAGCAGUUGCCCAGGAGAGCAGUCUGCAGGCCUCAGGUACCUCUGAAGCUACCCCUGAAGCUGCCUCAGAGCUGAAGUUCUUCAGGAGGAGGACCAAGAGGAGCAUAUGGACUGUGGACCGCAUUGAGGGCACAAAACUCAUCAUAAACAAGAAGAGAAGACUCAGUUACCAGCCUGAGGACCUUGAAGCCUUCUACCGAAUUCUGGAGGAUCCUGUGGUCCAGAACUUCUUGGCAGCUGACAUUUUCUUCAGAGUGACUGACAAGUACCUGCUGUCCAUGGUGGUGGAGUACUUUGGCCGACUUGGGCUCCCUGGACAUCUCUACAACAGGAUCCACUUCUUCCUGGCCCUCUAUAUCGCCUGUGACAUGGAAGAGGAUGACCCCACAUCCAGGAGGAGCAUCUUUCAAUUCUUGCUGGGCAGAGACACAUGGCAAGACUUGUACAAGGACUUCCAAAGGUUGCAGAAGGAGUUCCUCCAAGUCAUAGAUUACCAAGCAUUGCUCACGAGACAAGAGUGUGAAGAGAUCCAGAACCAGGACCCACACCACUGGGUCUGGAGCCGGGUGCGCCAGAGCGCCCCUUAGGCUCUCAGGCCUGGGAACCAUCAGCAGGGUCAUGGAGCAUGGGGCUGCACGUGAGCCAGCUCCUGCCCACCCCUGCCAUUUCCUCCCUCACCAAGAAACCAGAGCUUUUCCUCAUGGUACAAGCACUUGCAGAAUCCAACAUCCAUCCCUUCAGGAUAAAGAAUCCAGGGAGAGGAUGUGUUCCAGCAAUGUGACGAGGGAAACCAGUGCAGUCAGUGAACCUCAGCCUUCACAGAUGGCAGCCUACAAAGGCCCUUGACAAUCCUUCAUUGGAUUCCAUAACAGCUUGGAGGGUUCCAAAAAAAAAAAACAUAUCCAGCAACUAAGGACAGGGAGCUGUGAUGUCACACCAAGUUCAGGAGCCCUGGACCAGUGGAGGAAGAACUUAAGAAGUCACUGCCCCUCUGGGGUACAGCAGGGUACCUGGAAAGGAGGAGUGACUGAAAUCAGAGCAUGAGGUCAGGCCUGCGUACUGGCCAUAAGCAAUGUCCUUGGAAAUCCUGUCAGAGACCCUCCUCAAUAGUCUACUGAAUAUAAUGAUGUAGAGACCUGAUGUCAUUAUCAAAGUAGGAUAAGAGAAAAGGGGAUCCUAUGAAUGCAGGCUGUUACCACAGGGAAACAACACAGCUUGCCAAUGAGAGAGACAAGGAGGAGAAAAGGGUGAGGAAGAGGUGAGGGGAUGAGGGUCUAUAGGUCACCCCAACAAGUGGAACAAGAGGGUGAUAGCUAUGGAACAGGAAAGAUGGACUCAGGGAAGACAAAUAGUCAGAUCCCAGCAUCACAGCGAAGAUUACAGACUUGACAACUGCAAGUCAGACAGGAUUUAAAAAGAGAUAGAACAUAUAUUCAGCAUACAGCUGACGUUAU